UCUUUUUCAGUUUAUUAUGGAACAUGCUAAUCUACUAACAACUACUGUUACCUAUACACAUUAACCGCCCUGUACUGCGACUGAUUUACAUGAAAUAUUGUAAAAGCUUUCAAAAUAAAGAAUCUGCUGUCAUUAUUUAUGAGAUAUUGGAUCAUAGAGGUGAAAAGGGCUUGUGGCAGUGAGUGAAAAUGUCAAAGUAAAAGAGCCAUUCAGGCAGCCUGGUGAGCUGUUCUGCUGGAUUUAACAUGCUGUCACCCCUCGAGCUUGGUCAUUCAGCUGUUUGUGGGGGUCUGAGUGGUGCAGGAGUGCAUAAGUCCCCUUCCCAGUCCACCAAAAUGGAUUCCCCAGCUUUGUGAGGGUCCUGUCUAUAAAUACCUCUGACUUUCAGAGUGACAGAUAGCCCCGGACAGCUGCAGCUACCAGCCAACCAAACCGUGGAGACUUUCCACAGCAAUCUGAGCAGUUGUGAACGCUGACAGUCCUGCUGCUGGUGUGGGGAGUAAGAAGCGUGCCCAGGAAGCCCAACCACGACAAGGAGACCGAACAAAAUGGCUGCCAUGGCUAUAGACCCGGUGGAGCAGCCUCGGAUGUACCAACAGACUCUGCUUCAGGACGGACUGUGUGACCUCUUGGAGAAUGACAAGUUUGUGGACUGCGUGCUCAAAGUUCAGGACAGGGAGUUCCCCUGCCACCGCUUGGUUCUGGCAGCCAGCAGCCCCUUCUUCAAGGCCAUGUUCCUGUCUGACCUGGAGGAGAGCAAGAAGCGAGAGAUUGUCCUCAAAGAUGUGGAGCCAGGCGUUAUGGGAAUGAUCCUGCGCUACUUAUACACCUCUGACAUUAAUCUGACGGAGCAGAAUGUCCAGGAUAUCUUCAUGGUCGCUAACAUGUACCAGAUCCCCUCCAUCUUCUCUGUGUGUGUGUCCUACCUUCAAGAGAAGAUGGUGCUGGGAAACUGCUUGGCUAUCUUCAGGCUAGGACUGCUGCUGGAUUGUCCCAGGCUUGCUCUCGCUGCUAGAGACUUCAUCUGUGAACGCUACCAGGUUGUUGUCAGAGACCAGGACUUCCUGCAGCUGGGCGCAAGCGAGCUGGGGAUCCUCAUCACCUCAGACGCGCUCAAUGUUGAGCGGGAGGAGGUGGUGUUCGAAUCUCUGAUGGACUGGGUGAGGCACGAUGAGACAAACCGCCUGAAGGACCUGCCAGAGCUGUUGCACUGCGUCCGUUUCAGGCUCAUACCCGUGGAUUACUUCAAGGAGAAAGUAGAGCGUCACCAGUACCUCCGCUUCAGCCAGGAGAUCAAGAAGGACCUGGAGCUUGUCAAGGAUGCUCACAAAGGGCGUCUCCCAAAGCCCAGGAAGCCCAGCAGAGACGGGGCUAUGGGGGGACAAGAGGAUGAGGAGGACGAGGACGAUGAGGAGGAAGGGUACCUGCCGGGCAUACUCAACAACAACCCUCGCUUUGGGAUGUUUGAGACGGACCUGAUACUAAUGAUCAAUGACACAGGGACUGUGGCCUAUGAACCGGUAGGAAAUGAAUGCUUUGUGGUCUCAGAGUCUACAGACAUUCCCAAGAACCACUGCAGCCUGGUGACGGAUCAGAACCAGGUGUUUGUUGUCGGAGGAAUGCUCUACAACGAGGAGGAUAAAGAUGAACCGUUCAGCUCUUACUUCCUGCAGUUCGACCCAGUGAGCUCAGAAUGGUUGGGGAUGCCCUCGCAGCCCAACCCUCGCUGUCUGUUCGGCCUGACUGAAGCUGAGAACUCCAUCUUCGUCGUCGGCGGAAAGGAACUGAAGGAAGGCGAGCACGCGCUGGACUCAGUCAUGAUCUAUGACAGGCAGUCAUUCAAAUGGGGAGAGUCUGACCCUCUGCCUUAUGAGGUGUAUGGCCACGGAACCAUAUCACACAAAGGUCUGGUGUACGUCAUCGGAGGAAAGUCUGGAAGCAAGAAGUGCAUGAGAAGAGUCUGCGUCUACAACCCCACUAAGUUCGAGUGGAAGGACCUGGCUCCCCUGAAGACGGCACGUUCCCUGUUUGGAGUCACCGUCCACAAAGACCGGAUCAUCGUGGUGACUGGAGUCACAGACGCAGGCCUCACCAGCUCCGCCGAGGUCUACGACGUCGCCACCAACGAGUGGUCUGAAUUCACAGAGUUCCCUCAGGCACGCAGCUCUCUCAGUCUGCUCUCGAUGGGAGGCUUCUUGUACGCUUUGGGGGGCUUUGCCAUGAUGCCCAGUGAAACCAGUGAGGAGCCCGUCCCAACAGAGAUGACUGACAUCUGGAGAUAUGAUGACUCAGAGAAGAGCUGGACUGGGAUUUUGCGAGAGAUUAGUUACGCGGAGGGAUCCACCAUUCUCCCAGUGCGUCUCAACACGCUGCGUCUCACCAAGUUAUAACUGACCCAUGAGGUUGAUGAUGACGAUGUUGAGCGUGCUCAUAACGUACAUUGGCCCUGAAAUAGCUUUGGGUACAGAAAGUUGAAUUUGGUUUCAGAAGAUGGUGAAAGUGUUGUGAAAGAAUCAGUUGUUUUAUCUUUUGUUUGACAGCAGGGGGAGACAGAUACAUGCUAAGUCUGAGUGAGUGUAAAGGUGAAAUAUUUGAGUCGAAUGUGUUUUUUAAAAAGCUUAAAUGUGAAAUUGUACAUCUGUUGUUUUUUUUUUUUGUUAUUUAUUCCAUACAUUUUCUUUAUAAGCUGUUUGUUUUAUUAAAGCAGAAAAUAAAGAUAAGGGUUGAC